GGGUAGCUGCGCCAGCAUGCGUAGGCAGCAAGGUAAGGUAAACCAGGGUUCUUCUGACCAUGCCGCUAUUUGUAACUGGUCAUAAAAGGAGAGUGAGCGGGCGCUUCAUUUCUCUUCGCUUUUCCGGGCUCUCUGCAGGCGCGCCCCCGAGGCGAGGCGACUUCUCGGAACUGGGAGCUCCCGAGCCCCGGCGGCGCGCACGGGCCGGCCCGGAGCGCGCACGGGGCUGCGCUCACGAACCCAUUGGCCCAGCGCGCCGCCUCAUCCCACAAUGCAGCGCAUGGCGCGUCAUUGAAGAGAGACCAUGAUGGCGGCGGCUGGUGCCUCAGAAGUGAUUUCACAGCUGGAGAGCGCUGCGAAAGUUUUAAUGGUGAGAGGGGAGAGAGGGGGGUGCCUCCGCUCGCGUUUCCCGGUGCUGCGUGGGCUUCGGUUACCUUGGAGGGGCCGAGCGCCGAGAAAAAGCGACGCCCCGGCUGCCCUGUGCGGCGGCUUGUUUGGAUCGCCCUGGUGUUUAGUGUUCUUGCUUGCAGUGUCUGACCCGCAGACUGGUGGCGUUUGGUUUCCGCAGCAGACGCUGGCCUGCUCCAUUCUGACGGCGCUGCUGAGCGAGUUUUCCAGCUCCAGUAAAACGAGCAACAUUGGGCUCAGCAUGGAGUUCCACGGCAGCUGCAAGCGUGUUUUCCAGGAGGAGGACCUGCGGCAGAUCUUCGUGCUGACGGUGGAGGUGCUGCAGGAGUUCAGCCUGAGAGAGAACCUCAGUGCUCAGAUGUCCUCGGUGUUCCAGCGCUACCUUGCUUUAGCCAACCAGGUCCUCAGCUGGAACUUCCUCCCGCCCAACCAUAUCCUUUCCAAAGAUCAAACCAGCAAGGUGGACUACGUCCUUUUCCAGGCGGCCACAGCGAUCAUGGAGGCGGUGGUCCGAGAGUGGAUUCUCCUAGAGAAGAGCAGCAUUGAGUCGCUGCGCACAUUCCUGCUCACCUACGUCUUGCAGAGGCCCAACCUCCCCCUGCCGCGGGACGGCGUGGCUAAUCCUGAGCCUCAGAGCCUCUGCGCUGCGGAGGACGAGCGCGGCAGGGAGCCCGGAGUGCACAGUAAGAUCCGCGAGGACUCGGACAUGGCGCAGGACUCACUGCAGUGCCUGGCACAGCUGGCAUCCAUGCACGGCCCGGUCUUCCCCGACGAGACGGCGCAGGUGAACUACCUGGCGCACCUGGUGGAGGGAUUGCUCAACAUGAUCAACGGUAUUGAAAUUGAAGAUUCGGAAGCAGUGGGAAUUUCCAACAUCAUUAGCAACUUGAUCACGAUGUUCCCGCGUAGCAACCUAACGGCCCUCCCCAACGACCUCUUCACCUCCUUCGUGAACUGCCUCACUCACCUCACCUGCUCCUUCGGCCGGAGCGCCGCCCUGGAGGAAGUGCUGGACAAGGACGACAUGGUGUACAUGGAGGCCUACGACAAGUUGCUGGAGUCCUGGCUGACCCUGGUGCAGGACGACAAGCAUUUCCACAAGGGCUGCUUCGUGCAGCCCGCUGUGCAGGUCUUCAACUCCUACAUCCAGUGUCACCUGGCUGCGCCCGACGGCACCCGCAACCUGACCGCUAACGGAGUGGCCUCGCACGAAGAAGACGAAAUUAACGAGCUGCAGGAAGACGACCGGGAAUUGUUCUCCGACCAGCUGGCCAGUAUAGGCAUGCUGGGUCGAAUAGCUGCUGACCACUGCAUCCCUCUCCUCACCAGUCUGUUAGAAGACCGGGUCACCAGGCUCCACGGACAGCUCCAGCGGCACCAGCAGCACCUGCUGGCGUCCCCAGGGUCGGGCUCUGUGGACAGGAAGGUGCUGGACGACCUCUACGAAGACAUCCACUGGUUAAUCUUAGUCACAGGCUACCUCUUAGCAGAUGACGCUCAGGGAGAGACCCCUCUGAUCCCCUCGGAGGUAAUGGAGUUCUCCAUCAAGCACUCGUCCGAAGUGGACAUCAACACCACCCUGCAGGUCCUGGGCUCUCCUGGGGAGAAGGCCUCCUCCAUUCCUGGCUGCAACCGGACGGACUCGGUGAUCAGGCUGCUCUCCGCCGUCUUGAGAGCUUCAGAAGUGGAAUCCCGAGCUACGAGAGCCAACCUUACCGAGCUGCUGAGCCCACAGAUGGGCAAGGACAUCGUCUGGUUCCUGAAGCGCUGGGCGAAGACGUACCUCCUGGUGGACGACAAGCUGUAUAACCAGAUAAGCAUACCGCUCAGCACGGCCUUUGGGGCAGACACUGAAGGCGCACAGUGGAUCGUGGGAUACCUGCUGGAGAAGGUGAUCAAUAACCUGUCGGUGUGGAGCUCGGAGGCUGAACUGGCCAACGACACUGUGGAGCUGCUGGUUACGCUGGUGGAGCGAAGGGAAAGGGCCAACAUUGUGAUCCAGUGUGAGAACUGGUGGAACCUGGCGAAGCAGUUCGCCAGCCGCAGCCCCCCCCUGCACUUCCUGUCCAGCUCGGUGCAGAGGACGCUGAUGAAGGCCCUGGUGUUGGGCGGCUUCGCCCACAUGGACUCGGACACCAAGCAGCAGUACUGGACGGAGGUCCUGCAGCCGCUUCAGCAGCGAUUCCUGAAUGUGAUCAACCAGGAGAACUUCCAGCAGAUCUGUCAGGAGGAGGAGGUGAAGCAGGAGAUCAUCGCGACGCUGGAGGCGCUGUGUGGCAUCGCCGAGGCCACGCAGAUCGACAAUGUGGUCGUCCUCUUCAACUUCCUCAUGGACUUCCUCAACAACUGCAUCGGCCUCAUGGAGGUGUACAAGAACACCCCCGAGACCGUCAACCUCAUCAUAGAGGUUUUUGUUGAAGUUGCACACAAACAGAUCUGUUACCUGGGAGAGUCAAAGUCGAUGAAGCUGUACGAAGCCUGCCUGACCCUGCUGCAGGUCUACUCCAAGAACAACCUGGGCCGGAAGAGGGUGGAUGUGACUGCCGAGGAGGACCAGUACCAGGAUCUGCUUCUCAUCAUGGAGCUGCUGACAAACCUGCUGUCCAAAGAGUUCAUCGACUUCAGUGAUACUGAUGAAGUGUUUCGAGGGCAGGAGCAAGGCCAAGGGGCAAACCGGUCGGUCUCUGCUGCAGACGUGGUCCUGUAUGGUGUCAACAUUGUGCUGCCUCUCAUGUCUCAAGACCUGCUGAAAUUUCCGUCACUUUGUAAUCAGUACUAUAAGCUCAUCACCUUCAUCUGUGAAAUUUUCCCUGAGAAAAUCCCGCAGCUCCCUGAAGACCUGUUCAAGAGCCUGAUGUACUCUCUGGAGCUUGGCAUGACCUCGAUGAGCUCUGAGGUCAGCCAGCUGUGUCUAGAGGCUUUGACUCCUCUGGCAGAGCAGUGUGCCAAAUCACAGGAGACUGACGCGCCCCUGUUCAUCGCCACCCGGCACUUCCUAAAGCUCGUCUUUGACAUGUUAGUGCUGCAGAAACACAACACUGAAAUGACUGUAGCAGCAGGAGAAGCUCUGUAUACGCUAGUAUGUUUGCAUCAGGCGGAGUACUCAGAGCUGGUGGAGUCACUGCUUUCCAGCCAGCAGGAUGCCGUCAUAUACCAGAGGCUUGCGGACGCCUUCAACAAGCUCACGGCCAGCAGCACACCCCCCACUAUGGACCGCAAGCAAAAGGUGGCCUUCCUCAAGAGCCUGGAGGAGUUCGUGGCCAACGUCGGGGGGCUGCUGUGCGUCAAAUAGCCGCUGCCCUCCCCCCCCGCCCCCCCCCCCGGAGCUUCACCUCGCCAAACCUCAGUGAAAUUUGCACUGUUGGGCAAGAGACUGUUGGCGCUCGCUGAAUUCCGUCGGCUGCAGGCGGUGUGCGUCCGCGGCCCCGUCUGAAGCAGUGUACCGUGCAGCGUGGUCGAAAAAUAGGGUGAACAAGCAUUCAACUUUUCUUUUUAAAAUCCAGUCACCUGUUUGCUUUGCCGGUGAACGGUUGUAAUGGUUGCGACGUGGGACAGGACAGGCGAGGAUUCCCCGUAGAGUGCCUUUAUUUUUUUAUUUAUUUUUUUCGGAACCAGCCAUCUUGAUGGCCCGGGUGAAGAUUGUCUUAAGGCGGUGAACCCUGCGCGUUCGGGCCGGCGCCGAGGCGUGUCAGGCAGGCAGAGCGGCGUGCCGGCAUCAGCCCCCUCAAGUCUCCUUCCUCCUUCCGGUCACAGAGAGCCUUCGAACCCGUGAAGCUGGCGGACAAGAAACCAAAUCACUUUCUUUUUUUUUUUUGUUGUUGUUGUUGUUGGUGUUGUUGUUGUUGUUCUUCACUAAGGUUGUAAAAAUAUUUUCAGGAAGAAGAAGUGUAAAAAGAUAAAAAAUCUAUAAGAUAAUCAACAACUUUUUUUUUUUUACUGUCGUUCUGCCUGGCGGAAGAGGUGUGGUUUUUAUGUUCAGCCUUCCCACAAAACCCAGGAAGCGCAGCGGCUGAGGCCUUGCCUGCUACAGAUGCAGCCCCCUCCUGCUGCUGCUUCCACCAGGACGCUCCUCUGCAGCGGAAGAGGCUUCGUGGGAAAUGGACACUGACGUUGCUCUGCAGUUCAAGGACACAAGAUGCAAACGGAAAACCCCUUUACUGCUGGGAUUGAAGCCAUACAGGGGCCACUGAAGCAUAUACUCUAGUUUAUUUUUCUAUCAGCCCCCCCCACCCCCCCCCCCCAAGUCCGAGCAGAACUGAAGUCCACAUUGCUUUAGCAAUAACAAACCAAAGGGGUCAGCUGCUUCAGAGCCUGCGUCCGUUUUAAUUAGGGCAUUAGAGAUUUCCCUGUUUUUAAAAUACCCGAUUAAUUUUUAGAGAACUUGUGUUAAUUUCGGAAUGCUUAAAAAAUGUAAAAGUGUAUAUAAACUUAUUAUAUAAAUUUUCUGAGUGUGGUUUUUCUGUUAGGUCUGCCUUUGUGUUUUCAGUUGUAUAUACGUCUCGGACAGGGACAGUGGGAUACAGGACUUGCACAGACUUCUUCUGUUUUCUUCUCGGCCGUUGAGGAAGGUGGUGGCGUUCAAUAUUGUAAUAGAGAGCAUCAUUAUAGGAACCGUAAUUUCCCUGGACAGGAUUAACGUAACCAUAUUUGGAAUCAUCUUUAUUAUUUCAAACAAAGGAGUGGAAAGUUCCCUUGCACUUCAAGAGAGUGCUUUAAAUCCGUAGAUGAAGAUUCGUUCUGCGCUCCACGGCCGGGUUUUUUUCUGAUUUUGAGUUCAAAACAUAACAUCGAAUAAAAUGUACAUGGGCUUAUUUAGAAAUUGAAUUUAUUUCUCUGUUGAGCGCAAUCUAUACUUUAAACAAAUGCAUACUGCAACAGGGUCGGGGAGCCACGUU